AUGGAUCUGUCACCUCUGGGAGAAAGUAAGGGCGAGAAAGUAAGUGUGAACGUACCAGGACCAAUUUUGACCUUCCAGAACAUCUCUUACGUUGUGAGAGAGGCCAAGGGGCCAUGUCACAAGAGAGCACCUGAGAGAGAGAUCCUGAAAAAUGUCAGUGGCAUCAUGAAGACAGGACUGAACGCCAUCAUGGGUGCGACAGGAAGUGGCAAAACCUCACUUUUGGACGUGAUCGCUGGCAGGAAGGAUCCUAGUGGUUUACGAUCGGGUCAGGUCUUGGUCGAUAACAAGGUUGUCACUUCUAAACUGCAUCUCAGCUCAGCUUAUGUUGUUCAGGACGACAUUCUGAUGGGCACACUGUCCGUCCGAGAGAACCUCAUGUUCUCCGGACACUUGCGCUUGCCACGCCAUCAGUACUCCACUGCUGACAAAGAAAAGAAAGUGACAAGUGUUAUCCAAGAGCUGGGCCUGGAGGACUGCGCAGACACGAAGAUCGGUACCGAGUUUCUGAGAGGUGUGUCUGGUGGAGAGAGGAAGCGUUGUAGCAUUGGAAUGGAACUCAUCACUUCUCCGUCGCUGCUUUUCCUGGACGAGCCGACGACUGGACUUGACUCCAACACAGCCAACAGCAUCAUGGCUCUGCUGCACAGAUUGUCCCGUAGUGGCAAGACGAUUGUUUUCUCCAUCCACCAGCCGCGUUAUUCCAUCUUCAGACUCUUUGACUACCUAACUCUGCUACACAAAGGAGAGUGUGUCUACGCCGGGCCUGCUAAUGGCACCGUUCAGUACUUUAAUGACAUUGGUUAUGAGUGUGAGGCUUUCAACAAUCCUGCAGAUUUCUUCCUGGACAUUACAAAUGGAGAGGUUUCGCCUUCAGUGCCAACAGAGAAAUCCCUGACGGAGCUGUAUAGAGAAUCUCAGGCUUGUGCUGCGCUCACAGAGGAGCUGAAACAAAUCAUAGUCCCGUCUGAUUGUAUAAUCACAGCGAAACCAUCAUCCCCAUCUUAUGUAACAUCGUUCCUUUAUCAGUUAAACAUCGUGUGCCGGAGGACGGCAUUGAACUUGUUGAGGAAUCCACAGACCUCCUAUGCGCAGGUGGCGAUGAACAUCCUGUUCGGAGUGAUGGUGGGACUCAUUUACUUUCAGAUGCCUCACACGCUACCUGAAGCCCUACAGAACAGAACCGGAGCGUUCUUCUUCCUCAUCAUCAACAUGGUAUUUGGGAACCUGUCAGCAGUGGAACUCUUUGUUAAUGAGAGAGCACUGUUUGUGCAUGAAAAUUCGAGCGGUUAUUACCGAACCUCUGUGUACUUCCUGUCCAAAGUGUUUGUAGAUUUAAUUCCCAACCGUAUUAUACCAAUAUUUAUUUUCUGUGCCAUCUCCUAUUACAUGAUGGGGCUGAAGCCAGCGUUCGUGGCAUUUCUGUGUUUCUCCUUGACCAUGUCUCUGGUGAGUCUGGCAGCAGUCAGUCUGGCUUUCCUGGUCAGUGCCAGUGUGAGCUCCUUUGCCAUGGCCAACAUUUUCAUCGCGAUGCCCUUCGUCUUUAUGAUGGUAUUCGGCGGCUUCCUGGUGAAUCUGAACUCCAUGCUGAGCUGGCUGUCCUGGCUCAAGUGGGUCAGCAUCUUCCGAUACGCACUGAAUGCUAUAACCAUCAAUGAAAUGAAAGGGCAGGUGUUUUUCGAUAACAAUUCCAGUUUCACAGGAGAGAUGUAUCUGAAGCUUCAGAAAAUCGACUACAGCACUUGGGGCUUCUGGCAGAAUCACGUGGCUUUGUUGGGCAUCAUGGUGGUGUGUAUGACGCUAGCCUACAUCCAGCUCCUCAGGAUUAAUCGCUGGAAGUGA